CGCUGAACGGGAGCCGUGCCUGCUGCGGGUGGCAGCGGGCCAUGUUCGUGUGCGCCCAGCAGCCGUGUCCGAACCGGCGCUGCUGCGGCGGUUCGGCGAGCCCGGCGUGUCCCGACCACCAGGCGUUGUCGUCACUCAGCCGCGAGGACCGACGCCGGCGACGCCGGGCCACGCAGAAGUACCGGCUGGCGCACGCCACCCGCGAGCGAAUCCGCGUCGAGGCCUUCAACGUGGCGUUCGCGCAGCUGCGGCGCCUGCUGCCCACCCUGCCGCCCGACAAGAAGCUGUCCAAGAUCGAGAUCCUGCGCCUGGCCAUCUGCUACAUCUCCUACCUCAACCACGUGCUUGACGUCUGAACCGCGGGACGGUUGACGGACAGUCCGAUUCGUUGCCCUUGGUCGUCUGAACAGGGGUGAUGGGCCGAGUUGUUCCGGUCCAC